AUGGGGGGGAGCUUCAACCCACUACGCAGUACCAAGAAGAAGUACGGAUACAUCCACACACUUAUCAUCCAAGGUGUCAGGACUCAAGCAUCCAAUAUCCAGUCACAAUCCUCAAGUCAAGCCAGCCCGCAGAUCCCACUUGUCUUCAAUGAAAUGGAGUGUGCCAAUACAGCAGCUUGCUUGCUUGCCUUGCCCCCCCCUUUCCAUCUGCCUUUUCCCUUGUUGCUUUCUGUCUCUGUUCAAGGACCCAGAAGUCCCUCCCAAAUGGAACCCUCCCCCUCGGCUCGUGCCUUUGACCAUUUUAUCGCCUUUUCUUGCCUCAAACUUCCCAUCAUCCCCUCCCCAAUUCCCCUCAAGGCCAUUUUCCCGUCGUCCUAUCCUAAGACGUACCUGAGGAAUCGCACAAUAUCUUUGGACCUUCCUCCCUCUGCUCACUUCCUCUCCUCCCGUCUUUCUUCCUUUCACAUCUCAUCCCAACUCACCCCUCCACUGCGGGACAAAGACGAGAAUUGUUCCGGCGACACCGCAUUGUCAUCCAGCAUAUUUCACCGAGAAAAGAUUCCGAAGAAAACAACAGACGCUGCUCUGCCUACCUUUAUAAUACAGCCUGCUAUCCCCUCGCCCACUCGCCCGUUCUUUUCGGUUGAUCCCGCUACCCUGUCUGUUCCGCAACUGUCGCAUCGCAUCGCAUUCCUUGCUUGCUUCCCCACCUUUGCCUCGAUUGACUCGCCAAAGAUACCCCUCGAUUUCUCGACAAGCCCGACACGCCAAUCCUCCAAGCUCGAAAAAACAACAGCUCCAACCCCAACACCAACUUGA